AUGUGCUAGCAUCAAGGUUUAGUCUAACAAACUUUAAUGAACAUUAAUUGCUAAAUCAGGUAAUGCUCUAGUUCUGAUAAACAUCUCAUGAUUGAGGGAAUAGAAUCUUCCACUUAGGAUUAUGAUCAGUCAAUCUACAAAACUGUUUAAAGACUAUAAUAAGACUAUUAUUGGAGUUCCACAGGCUCAGGAAAUGAAUAAGAUUAAGAGUUUUUAAUUUACAAGCUUGCCAGUAGAAAUCAUCCUGAACGUGCUUUGAUAACUUCUAUUGUAAUGUCAGCUUUUCAGGCAACCUUUCAAGUUAAUGAUCCAAUAUAUUCUCCUAAAUAGAUCCAAUUUGAAAUCGGAAAUGAAUUGGAAAAAUAUCAUUAUAAGAGCAGAAUCUUCGAAUUUAGAUAGUCUACAAAGAAUGAGCAAACAUUCUCACUUUUACCAGAUCUUGUAUGUGGAGAAUAUAUUAAGAUAACAUUAAUCGGAAAACCUCAAAUGCAAAGAACGGAUAGGAAAAGAUACAUUGCUAUUCGAUAUGUUGGAUUAAAAGGACAGAAUUUAAUAAAUAUUUAGGAUCCUGAUACAAAAGAUCUAUUAAGUAGUGAAGAUUAAAAUAUCAAUGAAAGUGAAUCUGAUCAGAAUGAAGAAUCAAAAUCCUGUGAAAAUCUCAUUAAACUCCCAGAGCAACAAGUAAAUGAGUUUCUGAUAGAAUUAAAUAUAAUCGAAAGAAAAUAGACUUAAAAUGAGAUUUACUCUUAUCUUUAUAAGCAUAGAAUGUUGAUUUUCCACAAUUUUGAUCAUAUUCAAAAAGAUAAUACCUUAUCAAGAUUUUCUAUGGAAAAAUUAGUUUAAUUCUGUUAAGUUUAAUACGGAGUAAUAGAUUAUUAUGUGACAAUGAUUGUCAUCAAAAUGCUGGAUUACAUGAAUUGUAAUAAAAUGGAUAUUAAUAAUUUCCUAUAAGCAUUCCAAUUCUGA